CUUGGGAAUGAGGGAUGGGGUUGGGAUGAUGUUCUAGAAUUAGAAAACUUGCGCAGGAUAAUAAAUGGCAUGGAACGAGUGGAGAGUUGAGUGUGGAUUAUUAUGAUAUUAGCGACCCGAUGAAUCGAGUACUGAUGGAUGCUGCCGAUGAAAUCGGGUUGAAAAAACUGGACGAUUUUAAUAGAGAUGAGCACAUCGGAUAUGGUCGUUCUCAAUUUACCAUAGUAAACGGGACACGAUGUAGUCCAGCAAAAGCAUUUUUGAAUCCGAUUCGACAUCGAACGAAUUUACAUAUUAUAAAGCAUGCCUUCGCUACAUCGUUGUCCUUCGGAGACAAUACUACGAUACGUGGAGUGAAUUUUGCUUUGCGUAAUAAAUUUUCCAUGCGGACAAUAGCUAGGAAAGAAGUAAUCAUUUCAACUGGGGCAGUGAACACCCCCAAGCUAUUGUUGCUGUCAGGAAUUGGAAGACGGUCUGUACUCGAUCCGGUAAGGAUAGUGCAACGAGCUGAUUUAGGUACUGGGGAAAAUCUCCAGGAUCACGUUACUGUGUCGUUGUUUUUCAAGUUUAAUCGUUCAUCGAGGGAAGUUGUCAAUCUGACGCUUGAAAAAAUACUGAAUUUGUUCAUUUUCACUCUGAAAAAUCGCCAACAGCCACUAACAAAUCAUUUUGUUUCGAGUGUACUUGCUUUUGCAAAUACAGUUGAUAUUGAGGAUCCUUUUCCGGAUGUCCAAUGGGAAUACAAUCUGUUCAAAAAAGGCGGAGUGUCGUCGAUUCUCCUGAUAAGAGAUAUGGGUUAUAACGAGCAAAUUGUACAAUCGGUGCAUAAAGCGGAAUUGGAAGCAGAUGUGGUGAUGCUCCGAAUCAAUGUUCUUAAUCCCGAGUCAAGAGGGAGGAUAGUACUAGCAAGUAACGAUCCUUAUGUCGAUCCUGUAAUAAACGCAGGUUAUCUGACUAAUUACGAAGAUCUAAAAACACUAAUACGAGCUAUUCGAAUCAAUGAACAAAUGCUCAGCACAGAAUCCUUCCGUCGAAAUGAAGCUGAGCUUCAUCGUUUGGAUAUACCGGCCUGUAAGUUCAUCCUGUUCGAUUCGGACGAGUACUGGGAAUGUUAUAUCCGACAUAUGACGACGACGCUAUAUCAUCCAGCAGGGACAGCGAAAAUGGGACCGGAUAGUGAUCCUGGUGCAGUGGUUGAUUCAAGGUUGAAAGUUAAACAAAUAAAAAACCUUAGAGUCAUCGAUGCCAGCAUUAUGCCAUUUGUCGUGAGUGGAAAUCUCAAUGCUCCAACAAUCAUGAUCGGUGAGAAGGGUGCUGAUAUCAUAAAACAGGACUACGGAUUGUGAAAUCAUGUGAAAGCACAAUGUUGCACAUGGGAAAACACGCACUGUUUAUACUGGCACUAAUGCACUUGGUAUAAGGAUAAAAUAAACUUUAAUGCUGAUGUCGUUU